GCGAUUUUUCCGUAUCUUCUUUUCUACGGCGCCAUAUUCUACUGCAGCUUAAGUGGAGAGCUGUACUUGUCACAGUCUUUGUUUCGUUUUACGGGUUUAACGGUCAUUGUUGCUUUGUUUAUAGAGUAGUGCUGUGUAAGCGAUUUUCUACAAAAUGGCAAAUAGAAAUCUGAGACAAGUGAAGCAGGAGAACAAUUCUCCGCGCCCUGGAGUUAUGGCUAACAGACGCGGCCCCCAUCAAGACCAAGAGGAGCAAAGAUUAAAACAAGAACAGGCUUCCUCUCAAAAUGACCAACUGCUGGAACUGGAGUCGCAGCAACCGGAGGAUAACAGACCUCCGCUGACUCUCGAUAUCAAAAGUUUUCGAAAGCCUGGUGAGAAAACCUACACACAGCGGUGUCGUCUCUUUGUUGGGAACUUACCAAAUGAUAUAUCUGACGAAGAUUUUAGGCAGUUAUUUGCGAAGUACGGAGAACCUGGUGAAGUUUUUAUAAAUCGGGAUCGUGGGUUUGGCUUUAUUCGUUUGGAAACUAGGAUGUUGGCCGAAAUUGCAAAAUCUGAGCUUGAUGGCUUGAUGAUGGGAUCACGACCACUUCGUGUGCGCUUCGCUACUCAUGGAGCUGCUUUGUCUGUGAGAAAUCUUUCCCCGUUUGUUUCUAAUGAACUGCUAGAAGAGGCAUUUUCUAUUUUUGGCCCAGUUGAAAGAGCAGUUGUAAUCGUCGAUGACCGUGGCAGACCAACUGGAAAAGGAUUUGUUGAAUUUACAGCAAAGCCAUCUGCUCGCAAAGCUCUAGAUAGAUGCUCAGAAGGGUGCUUUUUGUUGACAUCAGCACACUAUCCUGUGAUAGUGGAACCUAUGGAACAGUUCGAUGACGAUGGUUUGCCUGAAAAAUUAUUUCAGAAAACACCGCAGUAUCUUCAGGAAAGAGAACAACCCCCACGUUUUGCUCAACCCGGAACAUUUGAGUUUGAAUAUGCUUCCCGAUGGAAGGCCCUUGAUGUCAUGGAAAAGCAGCAAAGAGAACAAGUUGAUAAAAAUGUUAGAGAGGCUAAGGAGAGGCUAGAGGGAGAAAUGGACACUGCUCGUCAAGAACAUCAGCUAAUGCUCAUGAGACAAGAUUUAAUGAGACGUCAGGAAGAACUGAGGCGUUUAGAAGAACUUAGAAAUCAGGAACUGCAGAAACGUAAACAGUAUCAAAUGAGCUUCUCCAUGAUAGAAAAAUCCACAUUGGAGCAAGAUAAAAGAAACAGACAUGAAGAAGAGCACAGGCGACGUGAGGAAGAACUUAUGCGCCAUAGAGAGCAGGAAGAAAUGAGAAGGCAGCAAGAAGGAUAUAAAUCCAGCUAUAUGGGCACUAGAGAACAGGAAAUGAGGAUGGGUGAUAUGGGUCCUCGUGGAGCAGUUAACAUGGGAGAUCCCUAUAGUCCAGCACCCACUGGUGGCCAAGGUGGUCCUCCGUUAAUGAAUAUGAAUGUGAGUGGCCGGGGAACCUUGCCUAGUACAGCGUUGGGCACUACUACUACUAUAGCUCCAGAAGGAGCAGCAAACAUUGGAACAUCUACGAUGCCAGAUAGUGGAACAAUGCUUAAUGAUAGAUUUCCACAGGGAGGUCCAUCCCAGAUGACGUCUUCUGUGGCUGGUAGACCAGCUGCUGAGCCUUCCCAGACUCCUGUGGCUAAUGUGAGUGCAGUGACUAAUGGACCAGGUGGCUAUGGUGGAGAAAGCCAAGCAGGCAACUAUGAAGCACCUAACAAGCGACGUAGAUACUAAGCCCAUAUUUGACAUUCCCUGUUGAAAGUAACAGUGUCUUGCAUAUAAAAUGUCAUUGCUUUGGGGAAAAAAAUCAGUAUGGUAUUUUAAAGUAUUUUUGUGUUGUGUAAUGCCUUCAUUUUUUGUAAUACCUUGAGAAAAGUAACAUUUGUAGUGUAGAACAGAUAAUGUAUAACAGUCUUUGUACAAGUUACCUGAAUUUGUGAUUCGUUCUUCAGCUGUGACCAUAAGGUAAUAUCUGUGCAGUGCUUUGAUCACUGCAAAAUUUUCACAAACUAGAGAAUUUGUUUUUUAAAUACUGUGGAUAGUGAUCAAAUAAUUUUAGUAAUUACAUGGACAUUAAAUUGGGCCUUUUUAACAUUAAUAGUCAGGACUCAAUUUAGUGGUGGAUUAAAAAAUCAUAUUGGCUUCAAGAUUUUUGCAAUCUGUAGCUCCAUGUGAAUAAUUUGCUUUGUGCAUAUUUUUAAUAUUAGGUGGAAUAUUGGCUCAAAAGGAAUCCAGCAAUGUUAUCCUUUUAAUAAAUUAAAUAUAAAUUUUCAUUUGUGUCAUUUUUGUAAAACUGAAUUCUGAUCUUAUUUAUUGAAGUUUGAUUACCACAGCCUUGUCAGCAUGUAUCGCCUGUUGAAAACAUUCUUUAUCACAAAAGGUGAAAUAAAGUACUGAUAAUUUCCUUCCAA